UUGGGAUCAGACGAUGAAGGGGGCGCGAAUGAUAGCAGUGGCUCUGAGGAGGAUUCGCAUUCGGUUGAUGAAAAGGUGAAAUCCGCAGAAAAAGUUAAACCGAAGACGGAAGUGAAAAAAGAGAAAGAAACGGUUAAGAAGGAAACUCAAUCAAAAGAGUCAACUCAAAAGUCAAAGGAACCAGCAGCUAAAGGCAAAGGCAAAAAAGGCAAAAAGGUAUUGUCUGUAACGUUCAUUUUAUAA